GUUCAUUUCUGAUCAAAAAUACCCAGUUCAUACUUUACAAACAAACGUACGAGCCGUGCUAACUAUCAAUAGGUUUUCAACAAUUAAUCACUUGGCUACAAUAAGAUUUAUCUAAUCUGCUAUCAGCAUUAAUAUCGGUCCGCUUACCACCUUUGUCCGACCGGCAGUGCAGUGAAGUGAACGUGUGACAAUAUGAAAUUCACAAUUUUUUGACCAGUUGUAGUUUAGAAGGGUGUUUGGUAAUUAUUUUUGAAAAUGGGUGAAUUACAGAAUAGUAGCAGUGAGAAGAAGGGGUCGCCGUUUUUGAGGCAGGCGUUCGUGACAGCCAGCGUGUCGACGAACAUCAUCGCUCACGGCUGCGUGAUUGGUCUCUCCGCUAUCCUCAUCCCCAGCCUUCGUCUGCCGCAGUCUCAGAUACACGCCACGCCCAGUGAGGAGUCAUGGAUAGCAUCAAUCAUCGGCUUCGGGCUAAUUGCGGGCAACAUCAUUAUCACACCUCUCAUGGACAUCCUCGGGAGAAAGAAGUCACAUCUGCUGACCAUCCUACCAGUCCUGGCGGGCUGGUUCCUCCUGCUUCUGGUGAAGAACGUCGCGGGCCUUAUCGCAGCCAGGUUCAUACAAGGCAUAGCUAUGGGCAUGCUUGGACCUCUUGGCUCCAUCAUCAUCGGUGAAAUGACGGACCCAGUGAAUAGAGGAGCGUUCCUGACAUGUGUCUCCCUAUCCUUAACUAUAGGAGUGAUGUUCUGCCACUCUUUGGGUACGUACUGUAGCUGGGAGCAAAGCGCUUUGAUAUGCUCUUUCAUUACCUUCACAAGUCUCCUCCUCAUCAUAUAUAACCCUGAGUCUCCAGCUUGGCUGAUCUCAAAAGGAAGGAUAGGAGAAGCGAGGGAAGUCUUCAUCUGGCUCCGAGGAGACGAUGAACAACAAAUCGAUGAAUUAGAGAAAACUAUAACAGCUCAGAGAAUGACACGCAAAUCUAGCGUGAUAGACAUAAAUUUGUCGUUUGGUGCGAAGACGAAACGAUACUUCAGAUAUUUGAAAGAGACUAUGAAGAAGCCGGAGUUUUACAAGCCUAUUAUUAUAAUGGUGUUUUUGUAUGUGAUGUUCCAAUUCGCUGGUAUCAACGUCAUCAGCUCAUAUGCCACUGAUAUCAUCAGACAGGUGGUGGGGCCUGAAGCGAACGCUAAUGUCAUUAUGGUAGCCUUGGACAUAGAAAGGCUGGUCUGCAACCUCCUGGCUGUGUACCUGAUGAAGACUAUGAACAGAAGAACUUUGCUGUUCAGCACUGGGGCGAUUUGUAUUUUGUCUUACGUGGCAAAGGGUCUGUACGUUCACGCGAAGCAGAACGAUAAGCUGCCAUUCGACAACCAGUGGGUGCCGAUAGCAUUGAUAGGGAUUUACAUGUUCUCGUUAACAGUCGGCAUAUCUUCGAUUCCUUUUGCUUUGUCUGGGGAAAUUUUCCCGUUGGAAUACCGUGGAUUGGGCAGUGGUAUCAGUAUCCUAGGUUUAUCAUUGAACUUCUUCGUUGCCCUCAAGUGUUUCCCGGUGCUGACGACUGCUAUUGGUCUUCCAUGCACUUACUACUUGUACGCUGGCGUGGUGACGCUGUGUUUGAGCGUCGUGUGGUUCAUGUUGCCUGAGACGAAGGGCAGGACUCUACAAGAAAUCGAAGACAGUUUCCGAGGACUUUCUGCCGGAGACAAGAGUUUGGAGCCUCUGAACAAGCAAAACGGAGAAAUGAUGCGACGAGUUAGUUCGGUUAUUAUUUAUUAAUAGUACGGAAGGUAUUACUAAGACUUUGAGAGACAAUCGGAAUAUUUUAGAAUAUAGCAGUGUAUCUGUACUGGUUACGUAUUACGUGUUACGGAUGAUUGAAUGAAUAUGAAUGAGACCUAAUAUUAAGUUUAUCUAACUUAUAGGUAAUUUAUGAAUUGUACAUUUCAAUCUCAGAUAAGUGAAUAAAACUAAUUUUAUUUUGGA